GGGUUCCAAAACUCUCUUCCUUUGCAAAAGCAGAGGACAAACUGUUCAAAUACCUCUUUGGAAACUACCAGAAAUGGGUCCGUCCAGUGGAAUACCUAAACCAGACAAUACGUGUGAAGUUUGGACUGGCCAUCUCCCAGCUAGUUGAUGUGGACGAGAAAAAUCAGCGAAUGACAACCAAUGUGUGGAUGAAACAGGAGUGGAUUGACAGGAAACUCAGAUGGAACCCUGAUGACUAUCUGGGUAUUACGAUCAUCCGAGUCCCUUCUGACAGGAUCUGGCUACCUGAUGUUGUACUGUAUGAUAA